UUUCGCAAUAAGGAGACUGGAUGACAGUCGUCUCAUAUUCGAUAAGAGGUCACACGCUGAUAGUAAGCCUAUCAUCGCACGACUCGUUCGGGUCUCCCCUAGUGAUACAAACAGCCCUCACGCCCAUGGCCCCAGGAUCUCCUACCCUACUCUCCCAGCUGUACACCUCUCAACAAGUGAUUCAUGAGCAAAGCAUCCUUUCAAUCGGCUGACUCUGCGCAACGCCAGGACGUAUGCCUGCCUCCUAGAGGUCAGGUCUCUGCCCCGUCCAAUGCCUAGCUAUGCUACGCCUCUUAAAGGCUAGAGAGCGAACGCAUAGAAGCCGGCGCCGAGGUCAUGUUCACGGUGUGAGAGAGGGGCCAGAGGCGGCGAAAGCGAUGGGGUAGCGUGGGGUCGAGGGACAGCGCUAUGCUUCGAGGUCCGUCGAGGAUGGGUGAAGCCAGCGUUGUGCACCCGCCCAUGCGCCCCCCUAGACAUCGACGCAGCACUCCGCAGUUUUCUCUUGUCGCUCGCGAUGACCCUCAAACUACAAUACGUCGAGCUCCGGAUCCUGCCUCUCCAACCGCCUCCCCUGUGAGCCGUGACGCCACGAGGAGUGUCUGAGAUGACUGGGAGAUCAGGGCACGGAUCAAGUGCGCCUCCUUGAACCACGAUGAUGGAGGCGAUCGUCGUGGUCGCCACUCUUGCACAGCGAGAUGAGACUGCUGAGCCGCUCGGCAGCGUCGGAGAAGGGUUGCAACUCCUGUGAGGAUGCCAGACAUUCCGUCACUUUGUGUGGGAGAGGAUCAAAGGAGGUCGGAAAACGUAUGCGGGACCAGCCCGUCAAAAUCGCCUGGCCAGGGCAGCGAGAGGCGAGCUAGGUGCCGGCAGACUGCUGCGGCAUCAUCUCUGACCAGCAAAGCGGCUAGCCCUGUCCCUGAUGCGAG